UCCGUUGUUUCUGCGCGCCUCCAUCAGUUUUAAAAUGUUAUUUAGCCGUGAUGACAAGCUGCGGUGUGCAGAGUGAUGGGGUUUCUGUUCCAUUUGCUUAAUUAUUGGAGCGGUUGUGCGAUGUGGAUACUUUUUUAGUUUGCCUGUAAGAACAUACAGGCCAGUCUGACUUCGCUGUCACGCAGUCUCUAAAUGCCACUGCCAAAGAGGAAAAACGGAGCACGGUGACAGUCAUGCUUGCGCUUUCACAUAACUUAAAACGGAUUUUUUUCCCUAGCCCAAACCACUCAAACGUGUUGUUCUAUAUAACCAGAGCUACUGUACCAUCUUCCCUUUCUACGCGAAUUGGCGCACAUUUUAUAAGCCAUGUUGCGGGCCGUUGUAAACUACUAGCGAGCCACGAGUUUCUGGUUUGAUAACAAACGACCUACUUUAGUCAAUUUACCUGGCCAGCUAGCUAACAACAUUUGGAUGGCACAGGAAAAAGGGAUAGAUGUAUGCCAUAUCAAUGUAAUUCUCAGCUAAAUCAGAAUAAAACGGCUACAUUUUUCUGGUGUACUUACAAUAGUGAGUGUAUACAUUGUCAUACUGGUCCCCCAUGGGAAUCGAACCCACAACCCUGGGGUUGGAAGCGCCAUGCUCUACCAACCAAAUCUCUCCAGCAACUUCUCUCUCAAACUCAACAUAUCUGUUCUCCAACCAGACCAUGUUUGGUAUCCUGGACCGAUGUAAGGAACUGAUGGAGGCUGGUUACAAUGUGAGGCAGCCUGACAAGGAGAAUGUCUCCCUCCUACACUGGGCAGCCAUCAACAACCACGCAGAGGUGGUCAAGUAUUAUAUAUCCAAAGGGGCCGUCAUAGACCAACUAGGUGGUGACCUGAACUCCACACCCCUGCAUUGGGCCAUAAGGCAAGGCCACCUCUCCAUGGUGAUCCAGCUGCUGCGGUACGGAGCCGACCCAUCUGUGGCCGACGGGGAGGGCUACCGCAGCCUGCAUCUGGCAAUCCUCUUCCAACACAUGCCCAUAGCAGCCUACCUCAUGGCUAAGGGACAAGAAGUUGACCUUCCUGACUCAAAUGGGCAGACGCCCCUGAUGUUGGCAGCACAGAAAAUCAUUGGGCCUGAGCCCACUAACUUCCUGGUGAAGUGCAAUGCGUCGGUGAGUGCGGUGGACAAAGUGAACGGGAACUCUCCGCUGCACUGUGCCGUGCUGGCGGGAAACGUAGACGCCGCCCACAUCCUGCUGGAGGCCGGGGCUAGCGUCGAUGCCGAGAACGCCAACGGUGACACUCCCAUAGACCUGGCCCACCAGGUGCACAGCCCCCUGCUCGUCCACAUGCUCAACCACGUCAAGCAGGAGAGGAUACGCUCCAAAUCCCGUUGCCUGCGCCUAGUUAACCGGUACAGGGUGUGUCUUCAGUUUAUGUUCUGCGUUGCUGUGCUGGGCAGUGUGGGAGCGAUAGCCGACUUGAGUUCAGAAUCCUGGCUGCUGAAAGGGGUUCUGCUGGCCUGUGUGAUGGCUGUGGUCAACCUGGCUCAACGGCAGUUGGCGAGCCCGGCCCUGCAGUCGCUGGUUCCUGCUACAACUCUUAUGGCAUCAGUCUUCUGGAUGCUGGUCACCUGGUGCCUGUGCUUCCUGCCUGAUGGUCCCAGUGCCACGGUACAGGUGUUGUUCACUGUCAACGCCACGGCUCUGCUCUACUACUACCUCCGCUCCUGUCGGACUGACCCCGGCAUCGUCAAGGCAACUGAGGAAGAGAAAAAGAUGAAUGUGGUGUUGCUGGCAGAGGCGGGCUGCUUGGACCCCAGUAUCUUCUGCACUUCCUGUAUGAUGAAGAAGCCUAUGAGGGCCAGUCACUGCUUCUCCUGUGACGCCUGCGUGGCGAAACAGGACCAUCACUCCAUCUGGAUCAAUGGCUGCAUAGGUGCCAGGAAUCACCACUUCUUUGUUCUCUUCCUCCUCUAUCUCUGCCUGAUGGGAGCGUGGAUGUUCUACGGAUGUCUCGUGUACUGGUCAAAGCACUGUCCGCUGCACUACCAGGAGGAGGGUGUGUGGGGUGCCAUCUCUGCCCUGGUGGGCUGUUCUUCCUGGGUACUGGGUGUCUUCUGUCUAGCUUUCUUCCAUACCUCCUGGGCUUCCAUACUACUGGUCAUACAGCUCUACCAGCCUGACAAACGCAGAGAUGGCAAACCUGGUGCUUCGUCAGAGGAAACUCCCACAAUCCAUCUCUCUCAGACAGAACCCUUACAAUUUGGGUGUGGUGCGGAACCUUGUGUCGUUCUUCCAGCUGCGUUGCUGUGGGCUGUUCAAGCCCGCCAUUGUCGACUGGACCCAGCAGUACCCACCCGGCCGAGACCACAUGUUCGGCCAGCCCGACAUCGUCUGACCCCAAAGGGGGCAGCUAGGACCUGGAUCCACUAUCGUUCUGGACCAAACGGAUUAAGCUUAUUUAAGAAAAUAUAUAUUUUCUAUAUUUUGGACUGCCUGUGAAGAAACACCACUAUGAAGGGAAAUGGCAUGGAGGAAGUUGUACUGACUUUAUUUUAUCUGUUUCUUUUGCUACAGACUGCUGCUGCCUUACGCUGGUAUAUAUUCAUGAGGGGAAAAAAUGUACAUCUGAAAUGUAUCAUUUGUGCCAAGUUGAAUUCGCCUUUAUGGCUUAAAUUGUAUAUUAAGUUAGUCAUUGUUUUCUUUUUAACAUAAAUAGUUGUCUUUUGAUCAAUGUUUUUUUAUAUAUAUUUUUUUGUCUGUUUUUACAGUGUUCGCAAGAGGCUGUAAGUGAGCGUUUUUAGAUUUGAAGGACUGACACUGUAGACAGUUUAAGCAAAGCCUCACAUUGGUUUGUCAGUCACUGAACUCUUUUUAUUGGAGCAUACAGUGUAUUCUCUAGAGCAGUUUGUUCUAACACUGGUCUUGUAGUACUGUACCUCUAAAUAUGCCGAUUUUUCUAUCCAGCCACUCUCUUGACAGUGGACACGCACCCAAGUCCAUAGCCGUUUCCGAUUCCCUCUCCCAUAAGUGUGCGCUCGUUCACUCCCCCUCGUGGAUUUAGAAGGAAUGGACAGGUGGAGGAAAUAUGGUGGACUGUUGGCAGUUGUUACACAAAUGGAGUGUUUUUACAUCCAUUUAAGGGUGAACUAGUGCUCACUAUUGGGAGAAGGCAAGGAAUCUGGACUCAUAUCUCCCAUAACUUAACAAUCCACGAUCCUAUCCACUAUGCUCUUCUCUCUCAGCCUUAAAGCAACAGUCUGAGAUUUCCAGUCAUUUCGAUUAAUGACCAACUGUCUUGUGUUAUCGUAACCAAAACCAAAUACCUAUUCCUCCAUUAGUGAUGUUUUCGUUAUUUUAGGAGCAUUGUGUAAACUAAUGUAUAGCGCCAAAGUCAUGCUGAGGCAAGUUGUGUUCUCAUGGAAUAUCAUUCCCACAGCUAGAAAUCAAGUGAUAUGUUCUUGUGAAAAUGUCACGGUAUGCAUUUGAUUAAUUGUUUUCAUUGCUUUUUUUAGUUGUUUUUGUUUUCUGCAUUACCCACGUGAAGUAAUGUGCCAUUGUAACUCACUGCACUGGAUGUUCCAACAAAGCCACGCAAGUUUUUUUUUUUGUUUGUUUUUUUUACGAUGGUGUCCGAAAGCCUUUUGAAUUUAGAUGCUCUGUGGGUACAUAAAUCAAAGCUCACGACUGUUUCGGGAGAGAUUGGCAUCUUCAUGUUUCAAUCGAUCCUGCAUAGUCCAGUGAAGACAUGGUAAACCUAAUGAUCCUCUUGUUUACCUUUUGUCAUAAUUGAUAAGUUGGUAUUCGUCUUGGGGGUAAUCCUGUACUAAAUCAGGCUCCCAAUUGACUUUGUUAUCCAGACCACUGGAGACAUUUUAAUGAAACAAAUGAGGUAUACCGAGACCUCUUUUAAUUGAAGCCAAAGAAAGACACCAUUCAAGACAUUUCUUUAUAGUUUAUAAGAGGUCAUACAAGAAGUUUUGCAGUGGUUCAUGUGUUGUUGAUUUAAAGAAUAUCUGCUGGUCUUGUGGUGUGUAAUGAGGCGCAACCAGACGCUGCACUUGACACAUUUAUGAAAUGAAUUAUUCCAGUUACUAGUAAGCCCCCAUUUAAGAAAAUGACUGUUAAAUCCCCUUGAAUCGAAAAAUUGUAUGGUUGAGGGAUGAGGCAAAAGGUAUGGCAAUUAAGUCUGGCAGCCCAACUGAUUGGCAAAAUUACUGCAAAUUAAGAAAUUGUGAUUAAGCUAUACUCUGAAACAAAUAUAAGUAAUAUAAAAAAUGAUAGUACAACGCUUUGGUGCACCUUGGGUAAAAAAAGCCAACUCUGCUCCAUCACUCAUUGAAUCAGAUGGCAAUAUCAGUGAGCGAACUACUUGAAUUUUUUUUUUUUCAUUGGCAAGAUAAGCAAACUUAGGGAUGACAUGCCAGCAACAAACACUGACGCUACACAUCCAAGUGCAUCAGACCAAAUUAUGAAAGAAUUGUACUUUUGAAUUCUGUAAAGUCAGUGUAGAAGAGGUGAAAAAAUUGUUGUCCAUCACCAAUGACAAGCCACCGGGGUCUGACAAUCUGAAUGGAAAAUGAUUGAGUAUAAUAGCGGACGAUAUUGCCACUGCUAUUUGCCACAUCUUUAAUUUAAAACAACUAGAAAGUGUGUGCCCUCAGGCCUGGAGGGAAGCUAAAGUCAUUCCGCUACCCAAGAAUAGUAAAAAACCCUUUACUGGCUCAAAUAGCCAACCAAUCAGUCUGUUACCAACUCUUAGUAAACUUCUGGAAAAAAUGUUUUUUGACCAGAUACAUCAUUAUAGCUAUUUUACAGUAAACAAAUUGACAGCAGACUUCCAGCACGCUAAUAGGGAAGGACAUUCAACAAGCACAGCACUUACACAAAUGACUGAUGAUUGGCUGAGAGAAAUUGAUGAUAAAAUGAUUGUGGGGCUGUCUUGUUAGACUUCAGUGCAUCUUUUGACGUUAUCGAUCACAGUCUGCUGCUGGAAAAACGUUUGUGUUAUGGCUUUUGCACCCCCUGUUAUAAUGUGGAUGAAGAGCUACUUGUCUAACAGAACACAGAGGGUGUUCUUUAAUGCAAUCCUCUCAAACAUAGUCCAGACAGAAGCAGGAAUUCCCGAGGGUAGCUGUUUAGGACCCUUGAUUUUUUAUCUUUACUAACGACAUGCUUUGAGUAAGGCCACACGUGAACUACUACAGUAUACUGAAAUGACUACAACAUUUAACAAAGAGCUGCAGUUCGUUUUGGAAUGGGUAUCAAGGAAUAAGUUAGUACUAAAUAUUUCCAAAAUGAAAAGCAUUGUAUUUGGGACAAAUCAUUCACUAAACCUCAACUACAGUUGAAGUCAGAAGUUUACAUGCACUUAGGUUGGAGUAAUUAAAACUCCACAAAUUUCUUGUUGACAAGCUAUAGUUUUGGUAAGUCGGUUAGGACAUCAACUUUGUGCAUGACACAAGUCAUUUUCCCAACAAUUGUUUAUUUCACGUAUAAUUCACUGUAUCACAAUUCCAGUGGGUCAGAAGUUUGCAUACACUAAGUUGAUUGUGCCUUUAAAUAGCUUAGGUAAUUGCAGAAAAUAAUGUCAUGACUUUAGAAGCUUCUGAUAGGUUAAUUGACAUCAUUUGAGUCAAUUGGAGGUGUACAUGUGGAUGUACUUCAAGGCCUACCUUCAAACUCAGUGCCUCUUUGCUUGACAUCAUGGGAAAAUCAAAAGAAAUCAGCCAAGAACAAAUUGUAGACCUCCACAAGUCUGGUUCAUCCUUGGGAGCAAUUUCCAAACGCCUGAAGGUACCACGUUCAUCUGUACAAACAAUAGUACGCAAGUAUAAACACUAUAGGACCACGCAGCCGUCAUACCGCUCAGGAAGGAGAUGCGUUCUGACUCCUAGAGAUGAACGUACUUUGGUGCGAAAAGUGCAAAUCAAUCCCAGAACAACAGUAAAGGACCUUGUGAAGAUGCUGGAGGAAACAGGUACAAAAGUAUCUAUAUCCGAAGAACACCAUCCCAACCGUGAAGCAUGGGAGUGGCAGCAUCAUGUUGUGGGGGUGCUUUGCUGCAGGAGGGACUGGUGCACUUCACAAAAUAGAUGGCGUCAUGAGGAAUUGAAAAUUAUGUGGAUAUUUGAAGCAACAUCUCAAGACGUCAGUCAGGAAGUUAAAGCUUGGUUGCAAAUGGGUCUUCCAAAUGGACAAUGACCCAAAGCAUACUUCCAAAGUUGUGGCAAAAUGGCAUAAUUAAGGACAACAAAGUCAAGGCACUGGAGUGGCCAUCACAACGCCCUGACCUCAAACCCAUAGAAUAUUUGUGGGCAGAACUGAAAAAGCAUGUGCGAGCAAAGAGGCCUACAAACCUGACUCAGUUACAACAGCUCUGUCAGAAGGAAUGGGCCAAAAUUCACCCAACUUAUUGUGGGAAGCUUGUGGAAGGCUACCUGAAACGUUUGACUGAAGUUAAACAAUUUAAAGGCAAUGCUACCAAAUACUAAUUGAGUGUAUGUAAACUUCUCACCCACUGGGAAUGUGAUGAAAGAAAUAAAAGCUCAAAUAAAUAAUUCUCUCUACUAUUAUUCUGACAUUUCACAUUCUUAAAAUAAAGUGGUGAUCCUAACUGACCUAAGAAAUUAUUUUUUUUUACUCUGAUUAAAUGGCAGGAAUUGUUAAACUGAGUUUAAAUGUAUUUGGCUAAGGUAUAUGUAAACUUCCAGCUUCAACUGCACAUCUCGUAAUUAAUAAUGUGGAAAUUGAGCAAGUUGAGGUGACCUAACUGUUUGGAGUAACGCUGGACUGUAAACUGUCAUGGUCAAAACAUAUUGAAACAACAGUAGCUAAGAUGGAGAGAAGUCUGUCCAUAAUAAAGCACUACUCUGCCUUCUUAACAACACUAUAAACAACCUGGGCUACUGUUCAGUAGUGUGGUCAGGUGCCACAAAGAGGGACUUGGGGAAAAUUGCAUUUUGCUCAGAACAGGGCAGCACUGCUGGCCCUUAAAAGUACACAGAGAGCUAACAUUAAUGACAUGCAUGUCAAUCUCAUGGCAGAGAGGUUGACUUCAUCAUUACUUGUUUUUGUAAGAGGUAUUAUUGACAAGCUGAAGGUACAGAGCUGUCUGUUUUAAAAUACUAGCACACAGCUCGGAAACCUUUGCAUACCCAACAAGACAUGCCACCAGAAGUGUCUUCACAGUCCCCAAGUUCAGAACAGACUAUGGGAGGCGCACAGUACGACAUAGGGCCAUAACUACAUGGAACUCUAUUCCACAUCAGGUAACUGAUGCAAGCACUAGAAUCAGAAUUUCAAAGCAGGUAAAAAUACACCUUAUGGAACAGUGGGGACUGUGAAGUAACACAAACAAAGGCACAGACACAUGCAUACACACACAUGAUAACAUACGCAAAAUACACAUGCAUACACACACGCAUGAUAACACACGUACACAUGGAUUUCUGCAUUGUAGAUAUGUGGUAGUGGCGUGUGGGCUCGAGGUCACACACUUAAUAUGUUGUGACUUCUGUAAUCUUUGUAAUGUUUUUCAAAUAUGUAUAACUGCCUUAAUUUUGCCUGGACCCAGGAAGAGUAGAGUAGCUAAUGGAGUUCCAUAUUAAACACAACAAGAAAAAAUACAUUACAGGUAAAAAAUAAAACAUCCAUGUACACACACCCUCAUCAGCCUCCUGCAGCUUAAGUACUUUUAAUUACAAAAAACUUGCGCUUGGGCACCAAGACAUGGAAGUUUGGAUAGAUUAACGGAAAUGUGUUUGGUCAUUAGCGUUGCCUUGUUAAUUUAAAUGACACGGGCGUAUUUAUGAGCGCAGAUUAAAUCCUAUUAAUAAUUCAUUUAAAAAACAGCUGGAGGCAUGUUGGUGGAGCUGUCUUCGCCAGGCAGCACAUUAACACAGAAUAGAAAUAUGACGUAAUUAUGUUUUCCUUCCCUCUUUUGUUUUCGUUUUCAUGCUCAUUUGUUUUUCAUGCGGAGCGAUGUUAUUAGCUAAAUAUUUUGUUGGCUUUUGUUUGACGCUUAAUGUUUUUGCCUCGAAGCCUCCUUAUUUCUUUUGGGGUGUGCUUAUAUUCUUAUAUUCUUAUAUUCUUGUGUGUCAGUUUCAAUAUAUUUUGAAGAGCA